AUGACCAAGUACGUUGUUGUUUCUGGUGGUGUUAUUUCCGGUAUUGGCAAGGGUGUUAUUGCCUCGAGCACUGGUAUGCUCUUGAAGAGCCUCGGUUUGCGUGUCACCGCGAUCAAGAUCGAUCCCUACCUUAACAUUGAUGCUGGUCUCAUGAGUCCCCUUGAUCAUGGUGAAGUGUUUGUGUUGAACGAUGGUGGUGAAGUGGACCUUGAUUUGGGCAACUAUGAACGGUUCCUGGAUGUGCAGCUUAGCCGUAUCAACAACAUCACUACUGGCAAGAUCUACAGUGAAGUGAUUGAAAAGGAGCGUCGUGGUGAUUACCUUGGCAAGACCGUUCAAGUGGUUCCUCAUAUCACUGAUGCUAUUCAAAAUUGGGUGGAGCGUGUUGCUGCUAUGCCCAUUGAUGAUUCCGGUGAAGCCCCUGAUGUCUGCAUUAUCGAAUUGGGUGGCACUGUGGGUGAUAUUGAGUCUGCUCCUUUUGUUGAAGCCAUGCGUCAAUUCCAAUUCCGUGUCGGCCAUGACAACUUUUGUUUGAUCCAUGUCUCCUUGGUCCCUGUCGUUGGCUCUGUGGGUGAACAAAAGACCAAGCCUACUCAAAUGAGUGUCCGUGAUCUUCGUGGUGCUGGUUUGACCCCUGAUCUUAUUGCUUGUCGCUCAAGCAAACCUCUUGAUGCCAACAUCCGCAGCAAGAUCUCCAUGUUUUGUCACGUGGCUCCUGAUCAAGUCCUUGGUGUUCAUGAUGUUGCUUCCGUAUACCACGUCCCCAUGUUGAUGCGUGAGAAUGGUAUCGUUGAUUUCUUUACGCGUCGCUUGAACCUUGGUGCUUUGCGUAUCUCCAAUGAACAACGCCUUGCUGGUGAAGAGUUGUGGACCAAGUGGACAUCCUUGGCUGGUAGCCAUGAAAAUGUGCUUGAUACCAUUAAGAUCGCCAUUGUUGGCAAAUAUACCAACUUGCAUGAUUCAUACAUUUCUGUUUACAAGGCCCUGGAACACGCUUGUAUGGCAUCCAAGCGCAAACUUGAAAUCAAGUGGAUUGAAGCAUCCGAUUUGGAACCUGAAGCUCUUACAACCAACGCUGUCAAGUACCAUGAGUCGUGGCAAAACUUGUGCUGUGUCGAUGGUAUCCUUGUCCCUGGUGGUUUUGGUGGUCGUGGUGUUGAAGGCAUGAUCCUUGCUGCCAAGUGGGCACGUGAACACAAGAAGCCUUACCUUGGUAUUUGCCUUGGCAUGCAAAUUGCUGUCAUUGAAUUUGCUCGUAACGUAUGCAACAUGGCUGAUGCCAACUCGGCUGAAUUGGAUCCUGAAACCAAGACUCCCGUCAUUGUAUACAUGCCCGAGAUCUCAAAGACCCAUCUUGGUGCUUCGAUGAGACUUGGCAAGAAACCUACGAUUUUCGAACCCAACACUGAGUCUUCUAUUGUCCGUAAGCUUUAUGGCGGUAAGCCAUCGGUUGAUGAACGUUAUCGUCACCGCUAUGAAGUCAAUCCUGAGCAUAUUUCCACUAUUGAAUCUGCUGGUUUCAAGUUUAUUGGUCGUGACGAAUCCGGUGAACGCAUGCAAAUCGCUGAGAUGGAUGACCAUCCUUUCUUUGUUGGCUGCCAAUAUCACCCUGAAUAUCUCACCCGCCCUCUUAAGGCCCAUCCUUUGUUCAAGGGCUUGAUUCUUGCUGCCUCUGGUCAGUUGGAAUCCUUGUAA